AUGGCGGUACCUCAGACUGUUACAUUCAAAAAGGUUGGACCUCUGUCCAUCAAGCUGGAUAUCUAUCUGCCUCGGACGCCAGCGACCAACGUGCCGGUCCUGCUUUGGUACCAUGGCGGUGGUCUUCUCCAGGGCUCCCGCAUAGAUAUUGCUCCCCAUACGGUGGCCAGCGCCCAGAAAUACGGAUACGUCGUUAUAUCUGCCGACUAUAGGUUCGCGCCGCAAGUGGCCGUCCAGGAAAUCUUUGGAGACACGCUCGACUGUAUGAGCUGGAUUGUGGACGAAUUGCCUAACCACAUCGCCGCUUCGGGAGUGACAGUCGACACUUCUCGCAUCGCUGUCUCAGGAUCUUCAGCCGGUGGAUAUCUUGCGCUCCUAAUAGGAUUGUACUCCAAGAUUAGGCCCAAAGUCGUCUUACCUAUCUACCCGAUCACAGACCCUUUGGGCGAGUUCUUCACCACUCCCCAGCCGGUUACGAAGGGGAGUCGUUUGGACGAGGCUGCAAUCGUGCCUUUCUUGGACCCUGAUGCCGACCCAAUAUCCGAGAACGACCUUUCCGCAGCAAGGCAAACCAUGUAUGACUACAUGCUAAAGUCAGCAAAUCUAGCGUCACUCUGGCGUGUGAAGCAUGGAGACAGUACCUACAUCAUCACCGAUCAACUCCGCCAGAGAAACAGUUUCCCUCCGACGUUCGUUGUGCACGGUGAAGCAGACACUUUUGUAGGAGUGGAACAGUCGGACGAGCUGGUGCGAGUCCUAAAGCAUAUUGGAGCGACGCAUGAAUAUGAGAGACUGCCGGGGACAGAGCACCUAUUCGAUUAUGACGAAGACGUUCAAAUGCAUUCAUACUACGCUUUUCUCAGCAAAUAUAUAUAA